GCCAUGUGACUUCAAGAGCUUUUAAAAGCAGGCCAACCUGUCUUGUCGAGGUACAAGUAAUCACAAGGCAGCAGAGGAGUCAGAGGAGGAGAAUACCUGGGCUGUCGGCACAGCAGCGAAUACCGACAGCCCCACAAAGACAAAUACUCAGGGAGCACUCGCAGGCUGCAAACACAGACUGUUCAGCUACAAGUGCCCAGACGUUCGUCAGACUUGUCUAUUCGUCAGUGAUAUCGACAGAAUGAGCUGCAGCAGUGUUGAAGGAUCAGAAUUCUCUGAGGAGGAGCUGGAGCUUGGUGUUCUGGGAGAAGGAGAGGACGAGGGGAGUCCCAAGGCGUCUUUCCAAGACAGCGAGAGCUCAGUCAGCAGCCCGAGUGACCUGGAGGAAAGCCAGACCAAGAAGCGCAAUCGACCGGUGCGCUCAAAAGCUCGAAGAAUGGCUGCCAAUGUCCGUGAGCGAAAACGCAUCAUGGACUACAACCAGGCCUUCAAUGCCCUGCGUGUUGCUCUGAACCAUGACCUCAAUGGCAAGCGGCUCUCAAAGAUCGCCACGCUGCAGAGGGCCAUCAACCGCAUCUCUGCUCUCUCAGUGUUCCUGAACUCCAACCCUCCCAGCAAGCCCUGCAGCCACCGGGAGUGCAACAGGGCCACAGUGGGGGCAGCUGGGACGGGGGUAUCUCGACCAGACCAAACCAGGGUAUCGGUUCCUCGUCUAGAGCAUCAGAGUUACAUCCCCUGGCACACGUCCAUCUCUCACCAGAUGCAGCCACAACAAGGGCCUCACGUGCACAGGCUGCCCACGGAGCCACAUGUCUACAUGGACAACACGGUGUCAUCGUGUCCUCCGUCACCACACUAUCCUUGUUAUCCCACUGAGGGACAGCUUUACGCCUCACAUGGACACUGCAGCAGCCCCCACAACCAUCCGCCCAGUCCUCUGCGGUACCCUCAGGUGGGCGAGGGGUUGGGGUACCAGCCGGGGAUGUGGGCCUCCUGCAAACAGGGAUAUGUGGACAAUUUUGUGGAGCCGCCUCCUGCUCUGGGGCUUCCAUGGCAGGCGAGCUACAAGUCAGAGAUGGAGCACAGCCUGUCUCUGUGCGCUGACAUACUGUAACAGGUACAUCCACCACUGUGAGCCCUGACGACCGCUGACGACACCAGUGGACUGUGAAACCACCUCAGGGAGAAACGUGACAUGAGGUUUUUGUGCUUUCUGCUGUUGCAAUCACCUCAGUGUAGUAAGAACAAUCUCUUAUUGUCGAGUCAUCUAAAUGUUACUGACAGACAGAAAUAAAAGUGCAAUGGCAAUCUAGACUGCAGAAUGUUGUAAACACUAACAAAAGUAUUUUAACCUUGCAUUUCAAAAUGUUCAACUCAAAGAAUGUUGUACAAUCUGCUGUGGAUAAUAAACCCCCAGAAUUGUGUUCUAGUUGUUAAAGCUGCAAAAUUGCUGAAUUACUGAACAUUAUUUUACUUAAUGUGUGAAACCAUGAGAGCAAUAAGCUGACUGAUCGACAAAAAUGGAACACAACAGGCUACAUUUGCUGUGGUAUACUGUAACUGUUCCUACACAGUAGUGGAAAGUGGAUCCUAAAGAAAAGUGAUUCUGAUUACAGCCCAAAGUUCAACAUUUGUAAAUGUAUUUAUUCUCUGUUUGUAUAAAAAGUCUCUGUGGAUCUGUGGACCCAGUGUUUGUAAAAUUGUAAAGAGC